GUACUGCAACCAUCACCCUAGACCCUGGGUGCAUACAGGAAGUCAGGAGAACAUACGGUACGAGCAGGAGACACUGUUCUACCUUAGAGUUGGACACCUUCUCCCUCUCCAUGUCAGAUUCCAACACAACCGACUUCACCAACCCCUCCAUCUUCAUCCUGCUGGGUGUUCCUGGCCUGGAGGUGGCACAUGUCUGGAUCUCCAUCCCCUUCUGCACCAUGUACGCCAUAGCCAUCCUGGGGAACUGCAUCAUCCUGUUCAUUGUGAAGACAGAGCCGAGCCUCCAUGGGCCCAUGUACUAUUUCCUCUGCAUGCUGGCCAUCACCGACCUGGUCCUGUCUACGUCCAUCCUGCCCAAAAUGCUGAGCAUCUUCUGGUUCAAUUCCAGGGAGAUCGAUUUCAGUGCCUGCCUCACCCAGAUGUACUUCAUUCACUGCAUCUUAGGGAUGGAGUCUGGGAUCCUCGUAGCCAUGGCUUUGGAUCGCUACGUGGCAAUAUGCCAUCCCCUGAGAUAUUCCACCAUCCUGACAAACCCCGUUGUGGCCAAGAUUGUCCUGGCCGUAGUGCUGCGUGGCGGCACGGUUGUACUGCCCUUUCCCAUCCUGGCUAGCCAGUGGCCAUAUUGCACAACCAACAUCAUCCCCAAGCCAUACUGCAUGCAUAUGGCCAUGGUGAAGCUGGCCUGCGCCGACACCCGCUUCAGUAGUUACUACGGCCUCUUUGCGCAAUUCUGUGUGAAUGGUCUGGAUAUGUUUUUUAUCGCCCUGUCCUAUAUCCAGAUCCUCAGGGCCAUCUUCAGCCUCCCCACAAAGGAUGCCCAAGUCAAGACUUUUGGGACCUGCAUCUCCCACCUCUUUGUUAUUUUAGCCUUUUACAUCCCUGGUGUCUUCUUCUCCCUCAUGUACCGGUUUAGCCAGAAUGUGCCUGGGCAUUUCUAUGCUUUCAUUGGCAAUGUAUAUAUUUUGAUUCCCCCUGUGCUAAACCCCAUCAUCUAUGGAGUUAGGACCAAACAGAUCCAGGACAGGCUGCUCCGGCUUUUUAUACAUAAAGGGGCCUAAAGUUUUCUCAAGGUGCUCUUACUCUGAGACUGAGCUCCAUGCAGAGUUCGCUGGUGACAUGGUGCUGAGCCCUCUUCCCUGAAUCACUGACUGGAAAGUCAAAGUGACAUUGAUUGAAUUAAAUCCUUUCCUGGCCUUACUGUGCUGUGUCAGAGGGAGCUCACUACCUUACAGGAUUUCAAUGUUUGUAAUUGCUGGUAACUGGACUCCAGGGGCCACCUGCCCUCCCCCGCCAUUCCCCAAGGUCCUGCCCCCUGCCCUGCCUCUUUCCACAAGGCCCGUCCCCCAGUCCCAGAUAACACCAGGGGAAUGUCACAAUUACCCAGGCCACCCCUCCUUUGAUGUGGAGAGCACACAU